UGCCGAGCGCGGGGCAGGGACGGGACGGGGCCAGCGGGAGCGGCGGGGAGCGGGCAGGGCAGCGAUGCGGCUCCGCCGCCGCUCGGGCUCGCCGCCUUCGCCCCCCGCGGGGCGCCGGUGACCGUCACACCCUGCGCGCCCCGGCGGAAUGAGCCCCGCCGCGACCCCGCCAGCGCCGCGAUCCGGAGAAUUACUGAAGUUUGGAUUGCUGUCUUGAUUCUAUAAACCUGCAAUAAGUGGCAAUGUCAAGGGUUCCCACCCCACCUCCUCCUGGGGAGAUGUCCAGUGGACCUGUGGCUGAAAGCUGGUGUUACACACAGGUUAAAGUAGUAAAAUUUUCCUACAUGUGGACCAUUAAUAACUUCAGUUUUUGCCGAGAAGAAAUGGGUGAAGUUCUUAAGAGUUCUACCUUUUCAUCAGGGCCAAAUGACAAAAUGAAGUGGUGCCUGAGAGUGAAUCCAAAGGGAUUAGAUGAUGAAAGCAAAGACUAUCUGUCAUUAUAUUUGCUUCUAGUCAGUUGUCCAAAAAGUGAAGUCAGAGCAAAAUUCAAAUUUUCCCUACUGAAUGCUAAAAGAGAAGAAACAAAAGCAAUGGAAAGCCAAAGAGCCUAUCGAUUUGUGCAAGGCAAGGACUGGGGGUUUAAGAAAUUUAUCCGAAGAGACUUUUUGCUAGAUGAAGCUAAUGGUCUUCUACCAGAUGACAAGCUUACGUUAUUUUGUGAGGUAAGCGUGGUCCAAGACUCAGUAAAUAUAUCAGGACAGUCUAAUACAAACACUUUGAAGGUACCUGAAUGUCGACUAGCAGAAGAUUUAGGGAAUCUCUGGGAAACCACAAGAUUUACAGAUUGCAGUUUUUAUGUAGGAGGACAAGAAUUCAAAGCUCAUAAAUCUGUCCUUGCAGCAAGAUCUCCAGUUUUUAAUGCAAUGUUUGAACAUGAAAUGGAGGAAAGCAAAAAGAAUCGUGUAGAAAUAAAUGAUGUAGACCCUGAAGUUUUUAAAGAAAUGAUGAGAUUCAUUUACACAGGAAAAGCACCAAACCUUGAAAAAAUGGCUGACAAUUUGUUGGCAGCUGCAGACAAAUAUGCACUGGAAAGGCUGAAGGUGAUGUGUGAGGAAGCACUCUGCAGUAACCUCUCCGUAGAAAACGUUGCUGACAUUCUUAUCCUCGCAGAUUUGCACAGCGCUGAACAGUUAAAAGCACAAGCAAUAGACUUUAUUAACAGGUGCAGUGUUCUUAGACAACUUGGGUGUAAAGAUGGGAAAAACUGGAAUAGCAAUUUUCUAUCCAGAUUAGGACUAUGACAUAUGAAGGUGCCAUGUUUUGGCUUGCCAACACUACCCUCUCAGAUAGAUGUGAACCACCGCUUCCAUACUUUUCUGGGGAGAACCCUGCAUGUGUCCUGUGUGUGCGUGCGCGUGUGUGUAUGACUGUGCGGUGUUUUUUUUGUCAAGAAUGACUUUCUAAAAAUAAGGACUCAAUUUGCUGUUAAAAUGCUAUUAUGUAUUAUAUAUAUAUAUUUUUUUUUUCCAUUCGAGCCUCUCCUAAGGAGAUGCUUUGGGUGGAAGUUGCUUCAAUAAAUAAUCCUUAUUUCCUAGUCCAUUUACUGCAUGCAGAAGUAUGAACACAUUGUGCCUUUUUAGGAAACUGUUGCAGUGAAGGGAAGGUUUAACAGGAUACAAGGUCUUUGUGAAAGGUAUUUUUAAAGAUGAAGGAGAAUGCUGUUUGAUACUCAAUUGAGAUGGAAAAGUUGCAUGUCGAUUCUUCUUCCUAAAUUCAGUUUCACCGAGGUAGAAACUACACAAACAAGUGGAAUAAGUAUUACAGAUACAAGUUGAGUAAUGGUAUCAUUUUGUGAAAUUGUGAUAAUAUUUGCUGUUACAAGAUAAGUGUAUGUCAAAACGUGAUAAUCAUGGACACAGAGUUACUCUAGUUCUGAUGUUUUUCUAAACAUUGAGUAUUUAGUAUAAAAUUCACCUUUGCACAGAAGAUCAGUAGAAGACCUGUAUGGAGAUUAUGUUCCUUUUAAAUCCUCACAGCAAGUUUUCUCCCUUGGGAGUAUAAAAUGAUGUGCAGUAUUUGAAACUGUGUUUCAUGGAAGACAGUGAAUUGAAAAUGUGAGGUGUUGCUACCUGAAAUGUUAAAUUUUGUUGAAUUUUACAGCUGGUUAAAAUUCCUAAGCUUAAUUGAUUUUGGGUCUUUUUUUAAUUGACAAGUGGAAUGUUACCUGUCCUCUUUGUCUCGUGUUAAUAGUGUAUUUAGUGCAGAGCUUAGCUCCUUAGCUAGCAAGACACUUAGUCUCAUAACUUGGCUUCUGCUUACAGUAAAUGGACUAUGUUUGUAAAGGGAAUUCACUAUUUCAAGUGUUUUGCAAGGAACUUCACUGUAUUUGUAACCUGGUUUUUGAAGGCUUAAGAUCAAUGAGUCCUAUUUUAGAAAUUAAACCAGUGAAAUGACUUAGACCUGUUUUGGGGUGGAAAUGAUUAAGAGAAUUCAGAUAUGUAAACAGUUGUAUCAAACCAUCCAGCCUUUUUUUAUCAGCUGAUGUUAAUGGUGAAAUACUUUUUGUACCUUGUUGCUGAAAAUAUUUUUGCGUUUCAGCACAUCAAGUUACAAUAAAGUUGUUACUUAUACAGAA